AUGGGUCUGCUCCUGAAGAUUUUCAUCCCCUUGCUGGGACUGGCACUGGCCUUUUAUUUUUAUUCAGCACCUGAGAAUUUCAAUGAAGAGAUGCUCCGGGGGAAGCGAGUGAUCGUGACGGGAGCCAGCAGCGGCAUCGGGGAGCAGAUGGCAUAUCACCUGGCACGCAUGGAGGCCCACCUCCUGCUCACGGCGCGGACGGAGGCCAAGCUGCAGAAAGUUGUGAAGCGGUGCCUCGAGCUGGGUGCCGCAUCCGCCCACUACGUGAGUGGCUCCAUGGAGGACACCACGUUCCCCGAGGUGGUGGUGAAGGAGGCUGAGAACACCUGGGGAGGCCUCGAUGUGCUCAUCCUAAAUCACAUUGGUUACAGCUACUUCAACUACUUCAACGGGGACGUUGGGCACAUACGAAAGCUCCUCGAGACCAACUUCCUCAGCUACGUGGCGAUGACCGUGUCUGCCCUGCCCAUGCUGAAGGAGAGCGAGGGCAGCAUCGUCGUCGUUUCAUCUGUAGCAGGUAAAACUGCCGCCCCAUUUAGUGCUCCCUAUUCAGCAACUAAGUUCGCCUUAGAUGGAUUUUUCAGCUCCUUGCGACAGGAAUUCAUCAUAGACAAGGUCAACGUCUCCAUCACACUCUGCAUUCUGGGCUACAUCAAUACAGAGAACGCCAUGCGAGCAGUCUCACACGCCAUCCAGGACACACCAGCCCCGAAGGAGGAGUGCGCACUGGAGAUCAUCAGGAGCGGGGUGCUGCGCCGGCGGGAGCUGCACUACCCAUCCCGGGAGGUGGGCAGCCUGCUCCUCCUCCGGGACAUAGCCCCCGACUUCCUCGACUCCCUCAUCAGGAGCAACUAUAAGGUGGAAAACAUCAGAAGGCCGCCACCUCGGGAGGGGAGCGGAGCAGCCGCAGCAGAGCCCCCGGCAAAGGCUGUUCCUGAGGAGGAGAAACUUGGCAAGCGAUGCUGGAAGGACGCUGCCGGGACAGGAUCCCGAAGCACGCGUCCCCCCGGAGCCCUCCUCACGGGUGGAGGCGAGCCCACUCGCCCUGCUCCAGGAACCCAGACCCUUACACAUCCCAGUGCAGGAGUGAGAGACUCAAGCCAGCAGACAGAUUGUGGAAUAGCAGUUUUAAAUAAGGAAAUAGUGCAGUUGUCCAACUACCUCAAGGAGGCCCUGCACCGCGAGCUGCUGCUCAAGCAGAAGAUGGUGAUUUUGCAGGAGCUUUUCUCCACGCUGCUGCAAGCGUCAGAAAAAUCCUGGCAGGGUCAGCUGAAUGAAGAUAAACUGAAGUGUAAACUAAGGGCACUUGAAAAUCAGCUGCAGGCCUGCACCCAGAGUUACUCAAAGGAGUGUGUGAAGAAGAUCCUGAUAGAGAUGGAGGACCAGAAGCAGACCUAUGAGCAGAAGGCAAAAGAGGCUCUUCAGAAGAUGCUGGAGGACAAACUCCAAACAGAACAGCAGCUGCAAAACUCUCAGAGAAGCCUGGCAGCAACGAGAGAGGACGCUGCCUUCUGGAAAGAGCACUACACCACGCUCAAAGCCGAAUUGACCAAGAUGACCACAGCUCACGCCGAGCUCAAAAACAGCUUCCACAUUUUGCAAAGCGAACUGCAGCAAGCGGACACGCAGAACACGCAGCUCUGCCAGGUCCUGCGCAGCCUGCAGAGCGAGCACGCCGCGCUCCAGCAGCGAGCCAGCGCCUUGCGGGAGGACAACGACCUGAAGGCAGAACACAUCAGCGCCAUCGAAGAUAAAUUGCAAAAAGAACAAAAUCAGAAGGUAGUGCUGGAGACAACAAUCAGCCAUUUGCACAACUUGAUACAGAAGCAGACCAACGAACAGAAGACCCAGGAGGUGACGGUGCAAAGGAAAGACCAGGUUUUCACCACGCAGACCCCACCUCUCACUCCUGCCAAGGAAAAACAAAAUACUCUGUUAGAGCACCCUGAGGAGGAGGAGGAGGGAGAAGAAAGUCUGAAGGAUGAGAUGCAGAAAAGGACAUCCCAGCUUACAGCAAAGGAGAAUGAGUGCACGGAGCUGCGCUCCGAGCUGGAGGCCCUGAGCGAGGAGUACCGCUCCUGCCUGACCAGGCUGCGCCAGUGCCGGGACGAGCUCAACCACUUCCAGAGCAAGCAGGCAAAGAGACAGCGCAGUCCCUGGAUCCCUCUCCUGGUGGCAGUGAUAGCAAUGGCCAUAGCCAUCUUCCUCACAAGUUACAGACCAUGAAGGAUCUUCUCAAUGACUGACUUCACUGCAGGAACUGACUUCUGCUUCACCAACAGCAACGCACCCUCGACACAGUGCACUGUUUGCUGUUUUGUACUUUCCUGUUUGGUUCACUUCCUGAGCUGGUCUCACUCCAGACAAACUCCUGUGGCUCCAAUAAAUGCUGGGAGAUCGCUCCUUCCCUUGGCUGCUUCGGUUACUCUGCCUCAGCUGAAGGCUGUGCUGCCCAGUUCCUGCGGCAGGGACAAAGCCACUCCAACCGCCACUGCCGGGGCUCAGGGGGGUUGGGAGGGACAGAGCAGCAGGGACGGGGCAUCCCGUGCCCUUGGGAUCCAGCCUCCCUGGUUUCCGUGCCCGGCGGCUGAGAAGACUACAAAAUUCUCUUCCUUUUUUUAUUGCCUCCCUGAAUGGGAGGUAUUCGACCCUGGACCAUCUCUGCUGAUACCUGACAAAGACACCCAGCUCAGGGAGGCUUUUUAACACAGUUCCCCCGCACUUGCCCCGUGCACUGCCUGUCCUGAGCAAUUUUCCCACCUCCCACCCUCCAGGCUCAGUUCAACCCACCGCUCUUCUAACCUGUCUCGUGGCCAAGCGUCCCCACAGCCAUGGCUGCUUCCCCUCCACUGCCAGCGCCACAUUAAUUCGACAAGGGACAGGGGUUUUAAGCCCCUUUUGGAGCUGCACUGUGCAGGUUUUAUGGUAGCACUUGCCCCUUGUUCAAGCACAGGCUCAGCUACGAGGCAGUGCAUGUCACCACCUCGCAGGAGUAGUAAA